AUGGCCGAUCUUCCAGCUGUGCGUGUUACACCGUCCCGUCUGUUUGCCAACAUUGGUGUGAAUUUCUUAGGUCCUGUCUACAUCAAGCCUCCUCGUAAGCAGGACCCUAUCAAGGCAUACAUCUGCGUGUUCGUUUGUAUGGUAACAAAAGCUGCUCAUCUGGAACUAGUGAUGGGUCUCACCACAGAAGUUUUCAUCGCAGCACUUCGACGAUUUUGUGCCAGGCGAGGAUAUCCGCUGAAUAUUUAUUGCGACAAUGCAACCAAUUUUGUAGGUGCCAGCAGAGAGCUCCAAGAACUACGACAGCUAUUUCACUCACAGCAACACAAGCUUGCAGUCGCAGGAGAAACAACACGACUUGGUAUAACAUUCCACUUCAUUCCACCUCGUUCACCCUCAUUCGGAGGUUUGUGGGAAGCCUGCGUGAAGUCGACGAAGCAUAUUCUCAACCGUGUGACUCUCGAUGUGCUCCUCACGCAAGAAGAAAUGUCCACCACCGUGGCACAAAUCGGAGCGUGUCUUAACUCGCGACCGCUCACACCCCUUUCCAAUGAUCCUUCUGACCUUGAAGUAUUCACCCCUGGUCAUUUUUUGAUUGGUGCUCCACUUCAAUCCUUACCUCAACCAGACCUUUGCUCGCUCUCAAUGAACCGCUUGUCUCGCUGGCAACUGAUGCAGCGUAUCCUUCAGUCUUUCUGGUCCCGUUGGUAUCUCGAGUACCUCCCUGUACUUCAGAAACUGCAAAAAUGGCCAGAAAUCAAUCCGAAUAUCUCCGUCGGCGACAUGGUCCUGCUACAGGAAGAGAAUCAACCAACCACGAGAUGGCCCAUUGGUCGGGUUGAAAACACGGUAGUUGGUGAUGACAAGUGUGUUCGAGUUGCAGAUGUGCUGAUGGGGGACAAUAAAAUUUAUCGCCGCACAAUUCGCAAAAUGUGCCCGCUCCCACAAUGCGACCUUCAGUCCCCUACAGACACAAAGGUCGAGUGCCAGCCUCCCGCUCCCGAGUGCACUCAACACCUUGCUCCUACUAUCACUCACACACCCACUACUACUGGGCAUCUCGAUCCAGAUGCUUUACAACAGACAACAGCUGAUAGCAUCGUCGCGGCAGCGACAUCGGCAGGAACGUGUGGUGUUAGUAGAACGUCCAAAUGA